UACUUAAGCCGUCGGGCGGCCAUUUCGCGCCUUUUGGGGCGGAGAGGCGUGAGGCGGCGGGCGGUGAGGGAUAAGAGGUGUUAUCCCUUAAACAGCUGCAGAUGCUGAACAGCUAAUUGGCAAACUGAAACAUGACCAAUAUGGAUGAAUCCUAGGCUUCUGGCUCUGAUUAUCCUGAUGGCCAAGAGCUAAUACACAGCAGAAAGAACUGUAUAAGGUAUAUGCAUGGGAAACAAAUAUCAGAAUGGAGCGUUCAUGUUCAAGGCAGAAAAACACUGCUCCUGAGGAGUCUUCAGAUGAGCUUAACAGUAUAUGCAAGCCAUCAGCUGCUUCAGCUGAGAUUGUACUAGACAGCAGCGAUGCAGAAAUUGAUCUCUCCACUGCUAGUGGUAGUGAGUACCAUCCUAAGUGCUCCAUUGCACCUUCAAAGCAAAAAAAGAGAUCUCGGUCUUCAAGGCAACAAACUGAAUCUGUUGCAGGAGCACCUGAAAAUGAAAGCUCUUCAGAUUCUUCUGUGUCCCCUCAAAGUCCAGUAAGAUCAUUGGAAACUUCCAAGAAGCAGGAGUCAAAACUCAAUUUGAAAGCCAUUUUUGCCUAUCACUUCAGGGGAAAGAAGUUUAAGGCUGCUGCACACCAGAAAUUCUGGCGUAGCUCGAGGAAGAAGAAGAAGAAGAAGAAAAAGCAUGAGGGCACCCAGAUGCGUACAGGGAGGCCACCACUGACAGCCUCACCUCAAGAACAAAGGAGGCGGCUUCUAGACAGAGGUUUUCGAUUCCCCUUUGUUGAAAAACAUUAUGGGAAGAAAGAUAUUCCCUUAAAGAUGGUUCUUGGCUAUGAGCAAGCAGCUACAAAGGGAUAUUUCCAGUACAUUGAAGUCCUUAAAUAUGAAGAACAUCUUAAAAAAGCUUUAGGAGCCCUUCAGGCUAGUGAAGACUUGGAAAGAGAAUGUCUGUUGGUACGGAAACACAAAUAUUUAGAUGAUGAAGGCCCCAUCUCCCCAAUUGAGGAGACAAAUGAUGAUGAUGCUAACAGCUUGAAUUCUGAUAAUCAAGAAGACCUUGAUGCCAGAGUAGUGGAGAACAGCUCUUUCAUUAUAAGCAGCAAAAUUCCCAAAAAGAAAAAAACCAAAGGCAAAAAUCAACUGAAGUGAUUGAAAUACAGGAGGAAGAAGAUGAUGCUGCAGAGAACUCUGGGCUUCUGCAAGGGUCACCUUGGUGAACAGAAAACUAACAAGUGAGGUGGCAGUGAUCACUCCUCAGAUAACCUUUUUCAUGGCCUACUUGGUUAUAAAACAUUGGUCUGAAGUUGAUGUUGAGGUGCCAACCAAGCAACCUAGUCAGAUUUUGUUUAAGGCAUCUACCUGAGAAAUACUCUGGCUUGAAAGACUCAUCCUGGAUCUAGGAGUGAGGUUCUUGCUUGUUUAUGUUGCUUUUGGAAGAUGAAGUACCCACUCUUCUUUUGAUGGGCAAGACUUUGCAGAUGAGUGUACCAACAGCUCUGGAGCUGUAACUUUUUGAAUGCUUGAAUUCAUAUGGCCGUUUAGCCUUCUGAUGUACCAAUCUGUUGUUUCAGUGGAACAUGUUAGCAGAAGAGGGGCGUUCCUGUGAUGUCUGUCUGGAACACAGUGGAAAGCCUCUGCUUAAAGGAAAUCCACGAUGGUCCAGUCUGAGCUAGCAUCUUGGUGGUGUGUAAUCGGAGGAGAUGAGAGAAGAAAUGCAGGAUGCCAUUUCACAGAAAUCUGAAGCCCCUUCUAGGGUACAGACUUACGCUUUUGAUACAAGUGAAAAACAAAUUAAUUCAAUUGGAAAAGCUUGCAGGUGCUCUGGGAUACAGAGCAAAGGGAACCUUGCUGUGUUAGGAGGGUGAGCUGUGGAAGAUAACAGCCUGUUUUGACAGUGUCUGCUACCAAAUCACCCCGUGUCAGAGGGCUGAGAACCACCAUGCGAGUGCCACCAAAGCAAGUCCGGAGGUCCUGGUGUGAUGUUGCUGCAGGUCUGCUGCAAGGAACUGCACAGCAGUUUCAAAGAACCUCACCUAGAGUAUUUAUUGCAGUAAUAAGGAAUUAAACAUUAAUUCUGAUUUCCCUUACUGCUUUGUAAAUCGAAGUGGUGCAUGGUGUUUGGAAACCAGAAGCAGAGGGAGCCUUUGCCCUUCCGCAUCCAGCUGUGACCUGCCUGCACUGCCCGCUUGGUGUUGCAGAAGAGCUAACUGAGUGUAUCAACUUGUAAUUUCACUGGAAAAAAGCUUUAUCCAGCCAUUUUAACUCACUCGCUGUCACUGAACUCCACUGCACUAAAACUGGAGAAGGUCAUGGCAUCACGGCAUUUCAAUAAAACUGAUGUGUGAAAGCUGCA